AUGGCGGAGCCGGCAGUUCGCAUCCCCGGGAUAGUUUUCGCUUCUUUCUUGUUUCAACACGCCAACAGAGACUCGGACGUGGAAGGUUUGCUGUUGGGGGAAAUGCACAUGGAACAACACGUGACCAUCAGCGACACGCAGGAGGACAACGUUCGCCUCACACAAACUUACAGCGUCCACAAACACGUCAGCUGCAGACAACUCAACACCUGGUACGACGCAGCGGGCAGAGUGGACAUAGCGGCAGUUCGCCGGCUCCUGGGCGCUAACCCUCUCGAGCGUGUGAUCGGCUGGUACCGCCAGCGCCGGAACUCGGAGCAGCGAAUGAGCAUGCGCGAGACGGCGGUUCACCGGAGCCUGAAGGCGGCGCUAUGCAGGCCACUCGCCGUCUUCCUGUUAGUGACGCCCGGCACCGCGGCGGAGGCGGGAUCAACCCACCGCACCGAGUAUUCGGCCUUCUUGUCCGGCGACAGGCAGGUCCCCGUUGUGCUCACCAACAUGGCGUCUUUGGACCAUCAGGCCUACUGGACGGCGCCUGCGGCAUCUUCAGCGCUCGGUUACCAGCGUGCCGUCGCCCGACACAGUUCCAAGUUGCUGGACCCCAGCGGCCAGUUGGCAGACGUGGAGGCCAUCAACAACAUGAAUGCCGAGCUGCAGAAUGAGCUUCAGACAGCAUGUGGCGCCUUGGUGGAUAGCGAGCGCACCGUGCAGAAGAUGCUCGUCGAUGUUUCCGUCCUCAAAAGGAAGCUCAGUGAUAAGAAAUCGGCAAUUGUCAGCAAAGAGGGCCCUCCUGUGCCCAAAAGGAACUACUGCCUCCAGCUGGCAGUCCGAGCGCUCUUCACCCACUCGCCGAUCUUUGCCACGAACACGCUGACGCUGGACGCCCGCCCCGUGGCCCAUGUGAAGCUCCGCCCCCCGCCGAGAAAAUGA